AUGGCUGAAGAGGAUUUUACAUCACAGUCUCUGAUGCUGGAAGUACCCGAGUCGAAUUAUUUGGGUGUUCCUGAUCUCAGUCCAAGUUGCUCAUCCUGGUCUGACAAUUAUGUCUAUGCCACCGACUCUACCACGGGCUCACUCUCACCAUAUCCGCAGCCAAGCAACUUGAAAGCCCAUGAGGAGAGUCAAGUGUCCAACUUGUUGAGCUCGCAGGAUCUCGAGCUCCUCAGUCACUACAUCACACACACGAGCCGAGUCAUUCCGUAUGACCAGGAAGACUUGUAUGCUCUACACGUUGGCAUCCCAAAUCUUGCCUUCAGAAACAAGCCCCUCAUGGCAUCGAUUCUUGCUCUUUCAGCAGCCUGUAAGAGCUAUGACAUUGUGCAACAGUCCCCAGAGCCGUUGGAGAGGCUGGAUGAGUUGCAUGAGCUUCUGUCCCUUGCAGACAAACAUCAUAGAACUUCUCUUCAUCAAAUACAAGGCGCCAUUCGCGACAAGGAGGAGCAGUACGAUCCUGUGUUGGCUAAUGCGGCGCUCAUGGUGCUCUAUGGUUCGUCUAGCCACUGCGUUCGUGUGUUACUGACACAAAUGGCAACUCGUCGCGGUAUAAUACUAGAUGAUGAGCUGCUUCCGACGCAAUCGCAGUGGAUAACUCUCAUCCGCGCUGCGCAUACCGCGUAUACCGGUUUGCUGAAUGGUCCAUCUGAGCAAUUUGACGAUGUGUUCGCCAGCCCUGGUAGCGGCGCAAGUGCCAGCAUCACCUUUGAAACCCCGUCAUCAUCAGUCGACAACGUUUACUUUCCUGAAGAUGGACCGUCCGAAGGAACAAAGCGCUUUUUGUUCCCCAUUGUGUCGGCAACGUACGGGCCAGCGGUUGACAAACUUAUUGCCAGGGCUCAAGGGUUGGAGACCCGCACCACCUCAAUUGCCGAGAGCUCCCACGCAAGCUCCUGUUUUGCCUCGCUCGAUAUUCUGCAGGACAUUUAUAGCACAGUCUUCCUGGGAAAGGAGACGACAGUCGAUGCGGAACCCCCCUUCUUCUACCUGGGGAGGCUGCAGAGCGUGUCGCCGUGGUUAAGAAGCUACUUGGGCCGGGUUACGUCGUCCACAUUGCCCACGCCAUCCAAACCAUUGCGGAGGACCAUCAUGGCAUUCUUGAACCGUGUGCCGUUGGAAUAUCUUCACCUCGUCCAGUCAAUGCUCGACCGCAUUCCCGUGGUUGGCCACGUCAAUUGCAUGGAUUGGGAUGUCUCGAUGUCGGCAGCGACCCCCACGCAGCAGCUAGCAAUAGAUAUUUUUGCGCACUGGCUGAUUCUCGUCAUGCUCCUCGACGGCGUGUGGUGGAUUGGCGGAAUAGGAGAAUGGGAGUUGGGACGCGUGCUGUCCUUUGCCGACGCCCAAGGAUGGGGGAUUGAGUUGACGGAGCCUGGUGAAAGGUGGUGGCCCGAGAGCAUGUAUAAUGUCAAGAAAGAACUGGCAGAACAUGUGGGCAGGCCGUUGUAG